AUCAUAGAGGUUAAAAUAGACUUGUUUGAAUCUCUGAUUUCUCAGUGGGGAAAAUAAUUUGUUUUUAGGUGGGGUUCUUUCCUUUAUUACUUAGAUUUGUUAUGAAAUAACGUAUUUUACGUGUGACAACUGGAGGCUCAAAUUACAUCAAUGAUCUAUGAGAGCAAAUUUCGAAAUGCUGCAAGUGAAUGAAUGAUUUAUUAGAUUAAAGAAUGUGUUCCACGUUGUUAUGAAAGAACUGAUGGAAGUAAGUUUAUUGUACAGGGGAAAUUUGAAAAAAAGAAUGUACCAUCCAUGUCUUUGAAAGGGUUAUCCUAUUUUAUACAUGCAAAUUUGAAACCAUAAAAGAACUUGCUGUGCUUACCAUUUAUUUUUUGGUGGUAAAUAAUGUGUGAAAAAGAUGAGACGGCACCUAUCUAUGAUCCAUAUGGUUGUUUGCAUAUUUGGAAAAAUAAAAAUAGCAAAAUGAUUUUAGAAAAGUUACGGGAACAAGGUAUUGUACCAUUGAAAGGAAAGUGGCAACUACAUGAAGUUAAUCAGUUAGAAGCAAACUUGGAAAGAUUACAGAAAGAAAACCCUGAUACAGAUAUCAUUAUGAUUUUAUAUAAACCUGAGAAAAACAAAGGAUGUACUGAUAUUAUUAGAAAACUUUCUUUUGGUGUUCAGCGCACAUUAGAUAAUGUACGUAUUAAAGCUAAGCAUCACUUCAAAUCCAAAGCUGGCUUUAAGACUGGACCAUUUUCUUUAGCAGAGUUAAAAGCUUUAGAAAAUCUUGUAAAAUUGUAUGGAAAGAAUUGGAAUAUUAUUUCUAAACACAUGAACAGAACCGCAAAUGACCUCAGUGUUAAAUACCACCAUCAUUUUGUAAAUAAUUAUGUGUAUGGAACUUGGACUAAAGAACAAAUUUACAACCUUCGUUCUAUCAUAAGUAAAAUGAAUUCUGAAAAAAUUGAUUGGCGCUUUGUGUCUCAUUAUAUUGGUCGCUCUAAUAAGCGAUGUUUAAGUAAAUGGGUACAGUUGCAGAGAACACGUAAUAGGCCACCAUGUUUUUCAACGACUGUCAAAAAAGGUUUGGUAAUUGCACUUUAUCAUUCAGAUGUGAUGAAAAUGAAAGAUGUAAACUGGAAUGAACUUCUAUCUUUGUUUGAUUUUCUCUUCAAUUUAAAACAAAUUAAAGCUGGAUGGAGUGACUUAACGGCAGAUGUACCGAUUGAAUUUCGAAGGAGAUUUAAAACAUCUGUUCAUUAUCUAUAUGAACAAUUAUGCCAAAGUGAAGAUUUAUUGCAGCAAAAUAUUAAUUUUGAUAAUGUUUCUGCUAUCAUGAAAUAUCACAAGCCACGUUAUUGGUUACGUGCAAAGUUUUUCUUGUUAAGACAGAGUUUUGUUAACAACCAGGAAAUGAACACAGAGGAAAUUAUUGAGAAGUUAGUUGAGAAGUAUCAUGUUAAUUCAUUUUGAUAAAUUGUUUUAUUAGCAUAAAUAGUUUGUCAUAAAUGAUUUCAUUGAUGGCAUUUUCACAGAAUGGUGAACGUAAAGUGGAUAGACCAAGAUUCAUUCAAGUGCAGGAGCAUAAUAUGAUGUUAUCUAUCGUAAAUUUUUCACACAAAGCAGGGUACUUUUGUGGUAAUAAUUUCAUGUUGAUGAAAAAAUCAAGAGUUGGUGUUCUACUGACAAAUUUUUAAAUUAUAUCUGGUAAAUUUUAUUUCAAAGUUAAUAUCUGUUUGUAAGAAAUAUUCUUCAAUUCUCUAAUGAA